CUCGUCCAGCGCACCGACCGCUGACAGCUGUCACUCUCGUCCCGACCACCAGCACCGACGCAGCACAGCUCAUCAAACGCAGCCACCAGUGCAUCUCGCGCCGCCUCAAGCCGCAAGCCUCGUCUCUGUGCUGCGCCACGGCGAGGAGCAGCCGACGUGCGCCUCCUCAGCCCGCCUCGCCGCCAUGGCCGUCGCCGCUGCAGCGGCCGCUGCUGUGCGCACCCUCUCGCCUCCCGUGUCGCCGUCAGCGACACGCCGUGCCAUCUUCUCCUGGUCCGACCUCUCGGCGCGCCGUCCGCUGCCGCUGCGCUUCAUCCUCCUGCCCUCGCGUCGUCCCUCGCACGCCCUCUGCCCCUGCCUCGUCGUCUCCAUCGCCGGGUAUGACAUUCUGCGCAUUCUCGACCCCGAGCACCGCGAGCCGUUCGUCUCGCUCGGCGCCCUCUUCCUCGCCGCCGGCAUCACGCCCGCUGAGGGCCUGCUGCGCUUCGAGCUGCGCCGCGACCGCCUCGACUAUGACCUAAGCCUCGCCGGCCUGGAGCCCUUCGAUGAGAUCUGGGCCCCGCUUGCUGUGGCCCGCCGCGUCGCAACUGAGCUCGACGUGCUUGAGCCGCUGUCGAACCUGCUGAGCUGGUCAACGCGCCACAUCUGGUCUCUGGACGAGGGCGAUGCCGGACUCGUUCACAACUGGCGCGUCCCGGCAGCGUUUCUGGACCCCGGCUCCUACUCGACGGGCUCGCUGCUGCGCACCAGCAUUCCAGUCGUCGAGCCUCUGCCGCGCGGCCAGCAAGUGCGCACGCUCGUCUCUGCAGCCCAGCGUGCCGAGGUACGCGGUGCAGCUGCCGUGCCGUCGAGCUCUGCGGGACCGUCAGCAGCCAAGCAGUUCCCAGCUACCGCUCUGCCCGACGGCGAGGCGCGCAACGCGCAGACGUUGCUGCGCUGGAGCGUUCGCUACCACGAGGCACUCAUCGGCGCUCUGGACGUCGGUGCGGCGCGCAGAGGUGCCGAGAGCCCAAGCCAGAAGCGCGUCCUCCCGCCCUGGGACAGCAGCGAGCUUGAGAAUGGCUUCGACAAGGCGCCGUGUGCCCCGUCCGAGGUUCCCGCUCUGCUCGGCGUGCUGUGCCAUCUCGCCUUUGGCACCAGCCCGUCGCUGCAUGGCGGCCUGACGCUGUGCAACGGCACGCUCAGCAUCUCGUCUCGCGAACUGGCGCGCGUAUCGGCUUCCGACGAGAGCCUGCGCGGCAGUGACGGCUCGGGCGCUGCCUCGCCGCUCGAUGCGCCCGCCGAACGAGCUGCGGCCCGCGUCGUUCAGGCCAAGCUGCACCUUGCUUUGGCUCACCUCCUAGCAGUACUCAGUGCGCACAAGCGCGUCGCUGGCACCAACGCGGUGUCAGCCUCGCCGCCCUCUUCGGCGAAUGGCGCUGCGUCUGCUCCUGCCGCACAGAGCCCUGUCGCCAAGGUGCGCGGCGAGGACAACUUCACGCCGCUGCCUCGCCGCCGCCGCAGCUCGUCGAGCGACGACCUUGGCGGCACGGAUGCGCGCCUGGCGCGCCUCGAGGCGAGCGUGGCGCGCACCGAGACCGCCAUGCGCCACGUCAUGACGCUGCUCGAGGAGCAGGCGAAGCAGUCCGCUCGCAACGGCGCCCUCGGCCUCGACACCGACGCGGCCCUCGACCCCGCGAAGCAGGGCGACCUCAACGCCAACGUCGUCUCGUCCGAGGCGCUGGCCGUCCUCUUCAUCGCGCUCAUCGCCGCGAUCCUCUGGACGCGCGCCUGAAGCUGGCACAUUGUCCCUCUCAUCUUCUCUCUGCAUCUGCUUCCGCUCGCGUCAUCGUUCCCCAUACCUCUCGCUCGUUUCCUCAUCAUGUAGC